UUCGACAUAUCACGUCAUCACUAAACGAUUUCACUCUGUACUUUUUCGAGGUCUACUCAUAUCUAACUCAUAGUUUUCGCUUAGUCUUAUAGAAAGGGAAGCGUUCUGUCGGUGCCACGUCGUUUUGCGCGCGAUUUGAUGGAUAUGAAAGUGUGUUGUGAGGCACGUGUGAACGAGUCGGAAUGACAGACGCGGAUUCAGUGGUGACGUCUGGUGCCGCCGGUAGGUAUGAGUCGAUGGAAGGAGCCGGCAUGUCGAUGAGACUAGCGAACGACGCUCGUAGGGCGACGGGUACGCAGUCGAUAGAAAGGAACGGCUCACUGAUGGAUGGAUUGAGUGUUGAGUGUACGAUUGAUAUGGACUCGUCGUCAUUGUCAACCACUAUUGUGUCUCGCACAUCUACCAAUCCCAUUGACAUGCCUCCAUCAUUGAAGAGACAGAGUUCGAGUGUCGAGUGUGGCUCUAGUUCGACUAGUUCGCUGUCUCUACUAAACAGUAUGCUUCGCUCUCCCGGUUGGCAAGUUCCCAAGGAGUCGUGGCUGUUUCGACUAUUUCGAUCCAAAAUGUUCAACAUGCCCAUAGCCAUUGGCUAUUUGUUCAACUCAAAGGAGCCGGGUGUACAGGAAUAUCUAGGGAACAGAUUAUUUUCGUUUUCAGAGGAAGAUGUUGACUUCUAUAUGCCGCAGCUAAUUAAUAUGUACAUUCAAAUGGAUGACAUCGCCGACGUUGUUCACAAAUAUCUCAUUCAACGGUCGAGAUUCAGUGUCGACUUUGCAUUGAAAUCUGCUUGGUUAUUGUCUGCUAAUAUGGAAAACCAACAACUGGAGUCUUCGUGUCAACGGCGAGCAGCUCGUCUUUUGAAGUUUAUUUUGUCAGAAGAAUUACGGCCAAGCGUUGAUUUAGUCACUGUGACCAACAACGCUUCUACUGCAGUUGAGUCAUCUCCAAGCAGGAAAGUUCACCAUCGCUCAAAAUCAGAAAACUCUCUUUUAUCGUUACCAUUGGGAACACUGCCACGAACAGCCAGCAACUCAUUUGUCUCAUACCAUUAUGCGGGUGACCUCAGUUCAGGUCGAGCAUUUCAGACUGACAGUUUGACUGCCCAGAAGACAUUUAUAAGAACUCUUGAGGCGAUUGGUAAACGAUUACAGCUGAUCAAGACAAGAGAGAUGAGAAUUGCUCAGCUGUAUGCCGAGUUGUCGCUUCUCAAUCUCAACUUACCCGCCCAAGUAUUUUUACCGACGUGCGAUAUUUAUUUGAAGAAACAUUAUGUUGUCAGGCUACCACACACAGAAGCGACGAUUCUUAACUCUAAGACUAAGGCUCCAUAUCUUGUACAAGUCGAGAUUCUUGAGUCAGAUCAACCACUGACGUCAGUCUCUCCACAAAAGCUGUUUAUAGACAGUGAAGACCCAGAGGAAUCAGUGCACUGGAAUCAAGUAGAGUUGACAGGAACAGAGUGCACGCAAGGUGAUGAAUGUUGGACAUCAAACUUGAAUAGUUUGAUCAUCAGUGAUGAAGGUUUAAGGGAUGAGCGUGCAUUGAGGGAGGAAAGAGCGUCUCUUAGUAGCGACAGUUCAGAGUCUUCCAGUGAUCAGCCCAUUUUCUUCUCGGUUGGUGAUGUACGGCGACGAUUGACGGCAACAUGUAAUGCUCCAAAGAAGACGUUUCGAAGAGACCCUGAAGAUCCCUCAGCUUCAAUUCUGAAGGAGCCUUGGGAAGAGAAGGUAGAACGUAUAAGAAGAUCGUCGCCGUACGGACAUCUCCCUAAUUGGAGGCUUGUACCAAUGAUUGUAAAGUCUGGUGAUGAUCUGAGACAAGAAUUACUGGCCAUGCAGCUCAUUAAACAGUUUCAGCAUGUGUGGACGGAAGAGAGAGUGCCGCUUUGGGUUCGACCUUUCAAUGUUGUGGUGACGUCGCAUGAUGGUGGACUGAUAGAGCCGAUCUGCAACGCCGUUUCGCUGCAUCAGAUCAAGAAACAAAGUGGGAUGACGCUAAUGGACUACUUCAGGAAAGAGUUUGGAGACCAUAACUCGGAAGAGUUUCUUACGGCUCAAAUGAACUUUGUUCAGAGUUGCUCGGCUUAUUGUCUCGUCUGCUACUUUGUACAGCUAAAAGACAGACACAAUGGUAACUUGCUCUUCGACAACGAAGGCCACGUCAUUCACAUCGACUUUGGUUUCAUACUCUCAAGCUCUCCUGGUGGAAAUCUCGGUUUUGAAUCGUCACCUUUCAAACUAACACAUGAGUUUAUCGAGGUAAUGGGUGGAUUAAACAGCGAUAUGUACAAAUACUUUAAGAUCCUAAUGCUUCAAGGCUUUUUGGCGGCUCGCAAACACAUGGAGGGUUUUCUCCAUCUUGUGGAGAUCAUGCAGACAGGCUCUCAGCUUCCAUGUUUUGCCCAAGGAGCUUCCACCGUCCGUCGUCUUCGAAAACGAUUUCACAUGAACUUUACCGAGGAUCAAUUGGCUCAGAUGGUAGAGGGAAUGGUGGAUAACAGUAUACGAUCCUGGACCACGCGUCUCUACGACGGCUUUCAGUAUUGGACAAAUGGCAUUCUAUAGCAUAUUGCUGUUACAGUAAGGUAGGGUAGCUGUAUGUAGUGUACAGAGAAUUGCAUUCGUUGGUGGCUUUCGUUACAUGAUGUAUCGAAGUCGUAUUUCGAAUUAAUGUGCUUUGAAAAUGGACAUUAGUGGAAAAUAUGGCAUCAAUAUAGAAACUAAUAUAUUCACAAUAAUAUG